AGCUGGGCAUUCGCGAUAACACCUUGCGAGUUGCGAUAGCCUCCUUUUACACAGCGCCCCACGGCGACCACGUAUUGUCCGAUCCACGACGUCGACACAGGCUUCCGCGCAGUCCCCCUGAUUCCUCUGCGCGCCAUGGACUUCCUCAAGUCGGCCGUCGCCUCGGCAAUAGCGAAGGGCCCAUCGUUCCCAUACAGCUUCGGCGACAAGGUCGACCUCGACCCCUCCAUUUGGACACUCUACAAUGGCACACGGCGAGAAGACGGCUCGAACUGCAGCAUCUUUUCGUUCGACAUCUCCGCCAACCGCUCCGCCCUGCCCCUAGCUAAGAACGCGCUGAAGAAGCUACGAACGCUGCGGCACCCCGGAGUCAUCAAGGUGCUAGACACGGCCGAGUCGGAUUCGUACAUCUACAUUGCCACAGAGCGCGUGGUACCUCUUCGGUGGCACGUUAAACGGAAGAGCCUAAGCCCGGAGACGGCAAAAUGGGGUCUAUAUAGCAUUGCGAGGACAGUCAAGUUUAUCAAUGAUGAGGCAUCAUCGGUCCACGGCAGCUUGAAGGUUGCGUCAGUCUACACAACUGAGAGCGGCGAGUGGAAGCUUGGCGGCUUUGAGGUGCUUAGCAAUGUCAAAGACGACGAGGCCGUGAUUUACACUUAUAGCAGCCUCGUGCCGGACUCGGGAAGGUACACCCCGCCUGAACUAGCAACGUCAGGCUGGGAUGCGCUCAAGGGCAGCCCUCACUCUGCUGUUGAUGCUUAUGGAUUUGGCGCCCUGAUCUUUGAGGUCUUCAACGGCAGUUUCAAUGGCGGAGACCAGGCGGGACUUACCAAGAACAUCCCACCGAGCAUGCACUCCAGCUACAAGCGCCUUACGAACGCCAACCCCAAGGCGCGGCUCAGCGUGGCGCACUUCCUGGAACAGGGCCGCCGGAAUGGCGCCUUUUUUGAUACCCCUCUAAUCAAACUAACCGACGGGAUCGAGAACCUGGGCGUCAAGACGGAGGAGGAACGGGAAGCCUUCCUAGAUGAUUUGGAGCAGCUUACAGAUGACUUUCCUGAGGAAUUCUUCAAGAUGAAAGUCUUGCCUGAGCUGUUGAAAUCGGUAGAAUUCGGCAACGGCGGCCCCAAGGCCUUUGGACUUGUCAUGAAGAUUGCCACGAAGCUGUCGGAUGAGGACUUCGAUGCCAAGGUCACUCCGGCUUUGAUUCGGCUGUUUAGCAAUCCAGACAGGGCGAUCAGGGUGUGCUUGUUAGACAAUCUGCCGCGUAUGAUUGAUCGUCUGUCCCAGAAAGUGGUAAACGACAAAAUCUUUCCUCAAAUAGUAACCGGGUUUACGGAUGUUGCGCCGGUCGUAAGAGAACAGACGUUGAAGUCUGUCCUUACCUUUGUCCCGAAGCUCUCAGAUCGGACCAUCAAUGGCGAAUUGUUGAGAUAUCUGGCCAAAACCGCCAACGAUGAGCAGCCAGGCAUCCGCACUAACACAACUAUCUGUCUUGGCAAGAUCGCCAAGCACCUUGGGUCCUCUUCGAGACCCAAGGUCCUGAUAGCUGCCUUUACUCGAUCACUCCGGGAUCCCUUCGUCCAUGCUAGGAAUGCAGCGCUCCUGGCGUUCGGCGCAACAUCAGAAUACUUCUCGGAGGAGGACUGCGCGGUUCGCAUUCUCCCAGCGGUUUGCCCCUCCCUGAUAGACAAGGAGAAGCUCGUCCGCGACCAAGCAAGCAAGACCGUCGACGUCUACCUAGCCAAGAUCAAGAAAGCGGCAGCCAGCAUGCCCGACACCACGCUCGCACCAGAAGGCAUCGCUGUUGCUGGGGGGCCUAGGAUGAGCACGCCACAACCAGCCGAAUCCUCUGCAUCUUCCUGGGCAGGCUGGGCCAUCUCCUCCUUCACCAACAAGCUCUCCGCUGCAGCAGGGGAGAUCCAACCAUCUUCUACCCCCGUCAACGGAUCCGCUGCACCACCGCCCAAACACCCCGCUGCAGUGUCCCAAACCCCAUCCACCUCCUCCGCCUCUGCGCUGCACCGCCAAGCUCUCAAAUCUCCGCCGCCCUCAGCCUCUUCCCUGGGUAGGGAUUCCUUCUUCCAAGACGAGUCCGCGUCUGCAGACAACGAAGACGACGCCGUGGACGCAUGGGGUGACAUGGACGAUAUGGUAGACGACGAGAACAACAACAACAACAACUCCCCGGGAGAGACUGUCUUCGCCGCCGCAGAAAGCAACAGCGACAAGUCUUCAAGAUUGCCACUACGACCCUCAUCCUCGUCAUCGACAACAUCAAUACCAAAGAAAACAACAACGGCGAGCGCAACACCAUUCGACGAUGGCUCCGAGCCCGAUUUUGCCGGCUGGUUGGCUGCGCAAGCGCAGAAGAAGAGCUGUGGCAAGGCGCUGCCCAAAGGGUUGGCUAAGUCUUCUUCUUCAGGUGCCGGGACUCAGGGGUCUGGUCCUGCUGGUCCAAAGAAGACGAAUAGCAGCGGUGCGGUCGCGAGGCCGAAGGUGACGGCGGCGCCUGCUAAGAAGAAGAUUGAGCUGAAGCCGAAGGAGACUGAUGAAGAUGAUGGGUGGGGCGGGUGGUGAAACCCGUUAAGAAAGAUUCAAGGCCCAGGGGCUGGAGGGAGCGUGUUGCAUGGUAGAGAGCGCUAAGUGAAUGGGAAGUUGACUUUUGGUAUAGAAUCCUUCAGCAAAGAGCGGCACGCUGGGUUUAGGUUUCUGGAAGGGCAUGCGUGGCGUCUGGAUGAGGUUCUGUUUAGGAAUACGGAUAGAUAAUAUGGAGUGAUGGUAGAGUGCAUAACGAUCCCGAUGCGCCAAGUCUUUGAAUGGAGGCAUCAACACGCAUUAUCAUUGUGGAAGAGUGGCAACUAUGAA